UUGCAAUGGCAAACUCUAAUAAUUUUCUGCAAUUUCUUGUUCUCAUAAGCGCGGUGCUCAUUUUGUUCGCAAUCCCUUCUGAAUCACAGAAGAAUGGAUGUGGACAAGCCUGUAAAACCCUGAACGAUUGCCCAGGUCAAUUGAUUUGCACAAGCGGCAAGUGCACGGACGAUCCCGACGUGGGCACUCAUAUAUGUUCCAGCGGAGGCGGAGGUGGUGGUGGCAGCGGCGGAUGCAAGUCGAGUGGGCGGCUGCCAGGAAGAAACCCACCUUCUCGAGACGCUUGCAACACCGCCACUGGAGCGGAGUGCUGUACUGCCUCCAAGACCUACGCCAAGUACGAUUGUUCUCCCGCCGUUUCCUCCACCACUCCUGCCAUUCUUACGCUCAACGAUUUCACACAGGGCGGAGACGGAGGCGGCGCUUCGAGCUGCGAAGGAAAGUUUUACAGCAACUCGGAGAAGGUGGUGGCGCUUUCCACCGGGUGGUUCAACGGCAGAAGCCGGUGCUCCAAGAUGAUUCGGAUCUCCGCCAAUGGGAAGAGCGUGGUGGCGCGAGUGGUGGACGAGUGCGACUCUAGGAACGGAUGCGAUGCGGAGCACGGUUAUCAGCCGCCGUGCAGGAAUAAUAUUGUGGAUGCGUCUGUUGCGGUGUGGAAUGCGUUGGGUGUGCCCAAAGACCGCCAAGGAGACGAUUUAUCCGUCACCUGGGAGGACAAUUGCAAGUCGAGUGGUCAGCUGCGGGGAAGAGACCCGCCCACUCGGGACGCUUGCAACACCGACACUGGAGCGGAGUGUUGCAGUUCCUCCAAGAGCUACCCAAAGUUUGACUGUUCUCCCACAGUCUCCUCUGCCACUCUUGCCAUUCUUACGCUCAACGAUUUCACCGAUGGCGGAGACGGAGGCGGGCGUUCGAGCUGCGAAGACAAGUAUUACAGUAACUCGGAGAAGGUGGUGGCGCUUUCCACCGGGUGGUUCGACAGUAGAAGCCGGUGCUCCAAGAUGAUUAGGAUAUCCGCCAACGGGAGGAGCGUGGUGGCGCGAGUGGUGGACGAGUGCGACUCCAGGAAUGGAUGCGAUGAUGAGCACGGUUACCAGCCGCCGUGCAGGAAUAAUAUUGUGGAUGCGUCUGUUGCAGUGUGGAAUGCGUUGGGCGUGCCCAAAGACCGACAAGGUGAUGAUUUCUCCGUCACCUGGGCCAUGGCUUAG